AAAAAGAAGAGAAAUAGAAUGGGUAACAACAUAGGAGGAAGUACGAAGAAGACAAAGGUGAUGAAGAUUAACGGCGAAAUCCUUAAACUGAAGACACCAAUAACAACGUCAGAGGUAGUUAAAGACUACCCAGGUCAUGUUUUAUUGGAAUCAGAAGCAGUGAAGAAAUUUGGGAUUAGAGCUAAGCCAUUAGAGGCAGAACAAGAGCUGAAGCCGAGCAAAAUAUAUUUUCUUGUAGAAUUGCCUCUGUUUCCUAAAGAAGAAAUUACUAGUAAUAAGGUUACAAGAAGGGUGAAAUCUGAUGUUCAUAUGAACGCACAAGAUCGGCUGGAGUGCCUUAUGUUAAGCCGGAGAUCGGCUUCGGAUUUGUCGAUUUCGAAGCCGAGUAAUGGAGCUGUUGUUCAGCUGAAGAUGAAGCUGCCCAGAAGUGUAGUACAAAAGUUGAUUGAAGAAAGCAGAGAUGAAGCAGAGGUUGCUGAGAAAAUUAUGGAUCUUUGUAUGCACAAUUCCUAAAACUUACGUACUAGUUUUUUUUGCAUCUUUUUUGUUUGGUCGUCAAUUACUAUAAACAAUAGGCUCAAAAUCUAAUUUCAAGAAUUGCAUAUAGUUUUACAGAAACUUGUGCUUGUUUGCUGUUUAUUUGCUGUUAGUAUUGUUAUAAUUAGUAGUAUUGAUUUUCUUUGUUCA